AUGACCACGCCGCCCACGCCACCUCUUGCCGCCUACCCGGCCGCGCCGAUGCCCCUUCACCGGCCAGGGCGUCGCUGCUCCACCCCCUCGGCUCACGCCGCGCUUCCUCGUGCCCGGUCCUCAAGACGGCCCCGCCGCCGCCCUGUGGUGCCCAUCCGCCGGGUCCGCCCCGCCGGCCGCCCUCCCGACUCCCGGCGGGUGACCGCGACGGAGCCCCGCCCGUCUACCUUCCGCCGCACCGGCGCCGUCCCCGUCUACACCACUGCUGGGACCCUCCGCGCCCGUCUCUUCCCGGACCCGCCGUCGCUGCGCCUGGGCUUGCCACCGGGUCGCGCGGAGUACCCCCGCCCAGGCGCCACCGGCCCGGCGCCCCCACGCUACGCCAAGCCGGAGUUCGCCACGAUGAUGGCGUCGAGGACCCCCUCAACCGGCUCAACCAAGGCGAGCGCCUGGGGAUAG